GUCAGAGUAUAUAGUUCUGCAGGGACCUACCGUCUCUAUCUCCAUUCACCAUGCACUCCCUGAUCGUCUCAGUGGCUUGUCUAGCCGCCCUCGCAGCCGCCAAGCCUCAGUUUGGCCGCCCCUACGCCGCCCCACCCCCAGGUGCCGCCCCCGGUGGACCAGUCAUCCCCAUCGUCAGCAGCUUCCAGGACGGUCCCAACCCCGAUGGAUCCUACAAGUGGAGCUACGAGACCGGUAACGGCAUCGCCGCCCAGGAGCAAGGAGUACAAAAGGCCGCCCCCGAGGGUCCCGGCACCGCCGCCCAGGGCAGCUACAGAUUCACCGCCCCCGACGGCCAAGUGGUAGAGAUCACAUACAUCGCCGACGAGAACGGAUUCCAGCCCGUCGGCGCCGCCAUCCCCACACCCCCGCCAAUCCCCCCAGCAAUCCUCAAGGCUUUGGAGUACAACGCCGCCCACCCUGAGCAACCCGCCGGACCCGCGCCGCCACCCUUCAGAGGUUGAGCCGCCCAGCCGCCCACCAUGACUACCUAGGCGAGCCCCGCCUGUUGUAUAGCUGUAUAGACUACCGGUCCUGUGAUAUAUUUAUAAGAGGGAGUCACAGUUUGUGUUUUGUACUUUCUAAAUAAACGGAAAACCCUAA